CAUUCAUUCAUUAGUUGCGCUGCACUGUAGAUUUCGAGGCUACCACUUGUUAGCUCAAGCUCCAGUCUACUUUUAAUUUCCUCUCUCACUGAAUUGUCUUUAAAUGUUCAAGCUCUGUGCCAGCUAGUCAGUUAACGGUCACUUCUGUUGGUAGAGAAUAAUCCAUCACAAACGGUGAUUUCGGACAGAAAUUCAGUAAAAAUGUCGGCUGACCACACAGAUUCCGUUCCGAACGGUGACUGCCCCCACCUCCCGAACGGUCUUCCGUCGCCUGCUAGGACUGACGACGCCGAUAUCUUAGCCGCAAAAACCCACAGUUUAUCCCUCCAAGACAGCAGUUUCCACUCUACAGGGAGAGAAAAUCUCACGAUGAACGGAGAAGUGCCGACCAAAGAAGAAGAAAAUCGAAAACUCUUAAAGAAAACCACGGAUUCCCACGCUAGUUUGUACAGGCAAGAUUCAGAUAAGCAGCUGCCCGGCCUAGCCCUUGCCUACCGGUCGAUCAUCCGUGGCGUCGGGGAGGAUCCGAACCGUCAGGGGCUGAAAAAGACGCCCGAUCGUGCCGCCAAAGCCAUGAUGUUCUUCACGAAGGGGUAUGAGGAAAAGAUUGAAGAUGUGCUAAAUGAUGCAAUAUUCGACGAAGAUCAUGACGAGAUGGUCGUAGUCAAAGAUAUCGAGAUGUUUUCUCUGUGUGAACACCACCUUGUGCCAUUCAUAGGAAAAGUAUCUGUUGGUUAUCUUCCAAAUAAGCGAGUACUAGGUCUCAGCAAAGUUGCAAGACUGGUUGAAAUUUACAGCAGGAGAUUACAAGUUCAAGAAAGAUUGACCAAACAAAUAGCCCUCGCUGUGACAGAAGCUAUAGCUCCGGCUGGCGUUGGAGUAGUCAUUGAAGCCGUCCACAUGUGCAUGGUGAUGAGGGGCGUCCAGAAGCUGAACAGCAAGACGAUCACGUCCUGCAUGCUCGGCGACUUCCGAGAAGAUCCCAAGACGAGAGACGAGUUCCUGCAGCUCAUACGAGGAUGAUGAUGGAGAGAUGGGGAGAUGUGGUGGAGGAGGAAGAGAAGGAAGGAAGGAUGAGGAAGGAGAGGAAGUAUUACGGCAUUGGAUGGUGAUUUAGAUGUACAGCAGUCAGCAAUAAGAUAAACAAAGAUGAUCAUUGGCAAUCGGUUGUAGCUUUAAAAAUGUAGGUGUUAUCAGAAUAAAAGGGUAAAAUUUUAUAACUAGCACAUUAAGCCCAAAAUGAUGAUCCCGGAUGUAUAUCAGUCAGCAAAAAGAUAAACAGAGAUGACCAUUUGACAUACAUUGUAGUUUAAAAAAUAUGGGUUAUAUUGGAAUAAAAUGGUAAAAUUAGGAUACAGAUGUAAUAACUAUCUGGUAGAAGACCAGGAUUACUCUGAAUUAAACCCAUCAGAUAAUGAUCCUGGAUGUCCAUCAUUCAGCAAUUAUAUUUUUAAAAAGGCAAUCACUGAGUGUUGGAUGUAUUUAUGAGAACCAAAGGGUUGUAAUAAGAUACAAUUUGAUAACUAGCCUUUAGGAGAAUAAGCCCUGGUACAGGCAAAUUCUGAGUUACCUUGUAAACCCGUCAGCCACUCCAGUGUGAUGUCAUACUGGUCAAGGUUGCUGGUUCCAAACAUUUUUGUGCUAGACAAUGAUGUGAUGAUCACACCAGCGCCAAACACUGAAUUUACCCUGCUUCAGCCCGUUUGUAAGACCUUGUCGGUAAUCUCAGGCUUCCAUGCACAAAAAUGUCAUUGUUAAAAAAUAUCUUAUAUGACUUCUUUAUGAAAUUCAUUGCCAUUUUGUAUUCUAAUGAAUCUUUGUACAGCUUCACUUUAAUAGAAUGGUGUGCUAAUUGCAUUCGUAAAGCCUAUCUGCACUAGUUAGGCCAGGAGGGAUUAGACCUCCCGGUUAUCUCAUCAAAUCAGCGCUCAAUUAACAUGAGAAAAAGGGGACCAUGGGGGACCAAUGGUCACCGAUUAGGCAUUGUUUGCUAUAUAGAGGGCGCAAGUAGCUAUAUUAGUGCAGUGGGGCUUUAAUUAAAGAGCACAGAAAAGAGGCAUGGUUAAUUACAAACUGCUUUUGUAGCUCAGUGCCUAUAAAUACCUCUUAAUGUAGCUCUCAAAAUCCUUUUUAUAAAGUACUGGAUAUUACAUGUGAUGUCAAGUUUAGAAAUGAAUCAGUUGAAAAAAUUCCUUUGACAUUCAAACACCAGAGAAUUCAACCUUGACUUUUAUGUGCACUUGUGGAUGUUGAUAUUGGUGGUGAGAAGAAAUUUAUAAAGUUAUGUAGCCAUGAAAAAUGAUCAUAGAGAAAUUAUAUAUUUUUUCAGCCAAUCAUGAUUCAAAAUUCAGUGACAUUGAAAGUGGUGGGUAGGUGGUAAGAUACAUGUAGAUGUUAAUGCUGCUGUCAGACUUUCACUCAAUGACUUGUAUUAUGAUCAAAACCAAUAAUGCUCAAGUUCAUGGCAAGCUUUAUUUUGGUUACCGCAAAAAAUUACCCGGUAAGGAGUAUUUCAUAGUUGCAGUUUCAAAGAAAAUCAUGUAGUAGAUGUAAUUUAUGAUUGACUUUGAAUAGAUAUUAGCUGUGGUAUUAUGUAAGUUCAAGUACAAAUAGAUAUAUUUAUUAAAAUAUUUUUAACUACUGAAUAAUGUACAAUAUCUAUUUUAAUAUUUAUUGCUGUAAUUAUGUUCAGAAUGUUUUUAACAAGCUAUUUAAAUUCUAAAGGAAAUUAUUUAAUGAAGUUUGCUGUAUUCUUUAGAUAGUAUUCACCUAAUGUAAUACUUCAGGUUGUUGGGAAUUGAAAUUCUCAGUGAACUUGAUUAAGACUGUAUUCAACUUGAAGUGUGCCAUAUUCAAACAGAUCAACAAUUUUAAAUCAUAGACAAUCAAUGUAAUCAAAGGCUUUUGGGAUUAUUUUUGUGUUUUGCAAAAUUGUUAUAUCAUUGCCAGGUGUCAGGGAAAUUAAUCCCAAUGAUUUCUCCAGUGACAAUUGCUUAGAGGUAUAGUGUUUGGGUCCAUAUUGUCACAGGAAUUAGGUAAAGAUAACCAACACAAUUUGCAUUUUUAAUCCAAGGAAGAGUGCUCAUAAUGUACAAGAUAAUGAAUGAAAUCAAAGACUUUGGGGUAUUUGUUAUUAGUCUUGCAAAAUAUGUUACUUUGUCAGUUGUUGGGAAUGAAGUAUUAAGAACCGAGUCAAUGACUCGUUUAAAUACCUUCUGAUUUUGUCUGUAAAAUCAUUAGCUUUUGGUGUUGGAUUCUAGGUGUUUGCUAUUACCUCAUUUUUGUCCUAAUUAUAAAAUUAAGAAUUGAACAUUCUGCAACAUAUUGCAAGGUCUUUCAACUUAGAUCGGUUAGAUUUUAAUAAGUAGCUUGAGGUAAUAAACGAUUGGUCAGAGCACACAGAAAAGACUUUAUGAAAAGUAUAGUUUGAGUGCAAAAGUAUCAAUUUUUACUGAAUGUGAUUAAAACAAUUUGAAGGUAAUACAGUGAGACCUGUCUUUAAAGACCACCCAAGGGAGACAAGAAAAGUGGUCUCUAAAGGCAGGUGGUAUUCAUGUACAGGUUCCUUUUAAUAGUACAUGUUUCAAUGAGAAACCAUGUCAUGGCCUUCUUGGGGGCAGCAGAAAAAAUGCAGUUUCUUCACAAAAAGAGGUAUUGUGAGACCUCAAUGAGAAUAAGUUCUAAUAUUUUUCACUGGGUUUAGACUAUAUUAAAUUUCUUCCAAAAUGUGAUCAUAGAUCUGAUGUGGCCAGUGGGAAAAAAAAACAGAAUUAAGAAGGCAAUGGCAAUGAGCAGUUGAAGAGCAGUAAGAUAUAAUAAGCUCCAUUUUUAUAUGUCAUUAUUAAUAGUUAAAAUAGUGUGUGGUUUUGUAGAUUAUAUAUUGUAAAUUUUGAAGUAGAUUAGAUCAUUCCUCGGUGAGAAGUUGUAAAAAUACUUUACAUGAACUAUUGGUGCUUCUUUAUGUUUUUCAGAAACAAUUGGUUCAUGUGGUAGAUGUUUGUAUUUGUAAGAGAGUAAUAACUUCCAUGUACAAGUAUGUUUUAUUCCCUGUAAGUUCAAAGUAAAAGUUUCUUUUGUCAUAGUGGUGAUAAUUAUAUUAGUUUUUUUAAAUAUUGUUUACAAUCAUGUGUUCAGGGAAGUGGCUUCCGUCAACUGUUCAAUUCAGUUCAGGAAUAAUUAUAGUGAUGGAUCAUGGUACAGCUUGCUUAUGAGAUUUUAAGGUGUAUUGAAUCAUUAUGAUUUUAUGUUUUGAUUAAUAAUGAUUAAUUUCCAAAUCGAAUACUGAGACACUCUAUCAAAAAAUAUUUUAACCAAAUAUUCUGACUCUUUACAGUUGAAAAGGUCAACAUGACUUGUGCAGUUUUAAGGUCUAAUCAUCAUUUGAUGAUUAAAUGAUUAUUAGACUAAAUGGUCAUUGCACCAAAUGAUAAGUAGACAAACUGAUUAUAGGUUUAGGGUAAGUGUUAGAUUCAAGGAAUCUUACUUCCGCAGAGUAGCUCCUGCCGGAGCAUGCAUUGCAUAAUCAUUUGAACAAGUUAUUUAUGUUCAUUCUUGGUGACAUUCCCUAGAAUUCCUGGUCUAUUGGAUUCAGUAGUAACAUUCCUUUUGUUUUCAUAACAUGAAUUGUGUGCUUUGUGUCAGCAUUAUACAUGCAAUAACUGUAGGCUGUUUUGUCUUUUUUUUUUUUUUUAAUUUCAAAACAUAUAUUCAAACAUGUACAUUUGUUUACUUUUAGAGUAUAAUUUUUCAUAAGCUAAAAUUAUGAUAGAAAAGUUAACAUUAUGAUUUUGAAUUAACAAUUCUACUUGCAGAUCAUGAUGCAUAUAUGUUCCAAUGAUUCUUUCAUUUCUUACAAUGUAUUUAGUGUGUUGCUUUGUCAGGCAACCAUUUCAAUAGUGCACUUUUUUACAACAGAUGAGUUGUUAUUGUAUCUUACAUAGUUCAAAUCAUUCCUGACUAAUAUAAUCUCAUAAAAAAUGUAUAAGAGACCCAUAGAAAUUUGAGAGAGAAAAUGUAUAAUCUUUAUUUGGCUUUCUAUUCAAAUGAAAAUGUCACAAAAGUAUUGUAUAACUUAUCUCUCAAAAUGUUUAGAGAGUAAUAGCAUGUUAUACCCGAAACUGUAUUUCAGUUCAUGGAGAAGUUAUUUAAAACCAUAUAUAUAUAUUAUCAUGCUGUUAAUUUAUGUUAAUUUACAUAUACAGUUAACAACUAAAUUAUUAUAACCCUUACCAAUUGUUGUGAAAGUAUGAACAAAAUUUAUUUGUCACAAGAUAUGUUUCUUGAGAAUGUGACAUCUAUUUGCAUUCAUUGGAGACCCUAAUUCAACCAGUCCAACUUUCAUUCUCGAGUUACAAAAAACACAAAACCAUCAAAUUUACAAGGGGUAUACAAAAUUCAAUUGUUAACUGUAUAUGUAUUCAUUCUGUUCUUCAUUUGAAUCCAUUUGAAAUGUGUUUUCUACCUUAUGUUGUUCCUUGGUUGUUUACUUUAUAUGUGUGCUUCACGGUUUUCACUAUUUUAAUUUGUAUUAUUACUUCAUUAUCGUGAGUAUAGAUGCAGCAAAAUGUGCUAGAUAUGGUUUAAGUUUGGCUGAUAUAUUUAGUUUCAAACCGUCCGCUUGUGAUACAUUGUUGUUUAUAGGCCAUAUUCUGAAAACAAUGCUAUCUUCUUUUGUUAAGAAAAAAUUAUGUUCACUGUCAUCACAAAGUGAAGUUGCACGGAAAGAACACUCAUCAUUGGUACGCGCACAGAUGCCUCUUUACUUAACACGAAUGCAGCCAGCUCUGUGUGGACAUAA